GUUAGACGCUUUCGCUAUGCAAGCCUCACCAUCGCGUCUCAGAACGGUCUGGAAGGGCAAGGAGAAGGCUGAUGACGCGCCCGUCAAUGACGACUUUGACGACCUUGACCCAGUCAUCACCUAUCGACAUCUGCUGUCUCAGAACCUUGGCAUUCGAGACCCCCUUCGUGUCAUCGCGCUUUGCGACAGCGACGCCUUCUACGCCGCAUGCGAGAUGGUGCGUUUGGGAAUAACCGACAAGCCACUCGUGGUUCUGCAGUGGGAGUCUCUCAUCGCCGUGAACUAUCCUGCUCGGAAAUUCGGCAUCUCACGAAUGGACAAGUUAAAGGACGCUAAGCAACGGUGUCCGGACCUCGUGGUUGUGCAUGUUGCUACCUACAAGGAAGGACAGAAAGAGCCAGGCUAUUGGGACAACGUGGAUUCAAGAACGCAUAAGGUCUCUCUCGACUAUUAUCGACGAGAGAGCAUGAAAAUUCUUGGGAUGUUCAAUGAACAUCUUCCCGAUGCUGAGAUCGAGAAGGCCUCUAUUGACGAAGCUUUCAUCGACUUCACGAAGCCCGUUCGACAGAUUUUAAUUCGGAGAUACCCAUAUCUCUCAGUCAUUCCUGCCGAUUCUCCUGAUGGAAUGGAUACCCCGCUUCCGCCGGCCCCAUCCAUAUCCUGGGACAAGGCUGGUUUCCUCAUACCCAUUGACCCAUCUACGCCCGUGGAUCAAGAACCGGGUUCCCAUGCCCCUUCGAAUGAAGAAGGUAUACAAGACACCUGGCAUGACAUCGCUCUCUCUAUUGCCGCUGAAUUAAUGGGCCAGGUUAGAGAGGACAUAGAAACGAAACUGGGCUACACAUUGUCGGCAGGCAUCGCGAGAAAUAAAUUUCUUGCAAAGCUUACCGCAUCCUAUCGAAAGCCCAACAGUCAGAGCAUCCUGCGUAAUGCCGCCAUUCCGGGUUAUUUGAAGCCCAUGGAUUUUCAAAAGAUACGGUUCUUAGGUGGGAAACUCGGACAUGCUCUAGCGCAAGAAUAUGAUGUCUCGAAGGUGGCGGAUUUACUCCCGGUCACUCUAGACGAAAUGCAGCAGAAAUUUGGCGAGAAUGCCAUUUGGGUCUACGAGGUGCUGCGGUGGGUGCUAAUUUCUUUCUUGUCCGCAGUGAUCAACAUGUUUUAUUCACAUAGUGGAAUUGAUCGUUCUGAAGUCAAGACGAAAUCCAUUGUCAACAAGAGCAUGCUAGCUUCGAAAAAUCUACCGAAACCUAUCACUAAGCCAUCUGAGGGACACCAUUGGAUUCGGGUUUUGGCCGCAGAAUUGACCUUGCGACUUAAUGAUGCAAGAGAGGCCAACCCUAAUCUUUGGCCAAAAACUCUGGUUCUUCAUGCCCGCAAAGGAUAUGAGGCUUCCCGUUCCAAACAGGCCCCGUUUCCUUUUAUCCGACAAGUCACCGUGGACGUCAUCGCAGCUGCCGGAGAUAAACUAUGGGAAGACCUCGUCGGAAACUCUACAUCUAUGAGAAUCACAAGUGUUCAACUCGCAUUCACUGGCAUAGAGACCGCAGAAAUCGGACAGCAAAGCAUUGUCGGAUUCUUCAAAGCUGGUCCGAGCUCAAAACGCGGACGAGAAUACGACUCCCCCGUACCUGUUACAGAGCUUCCCGUCGAUCAGUCGUCGACUGCAGCGGGACAGGCCGUAGCCUUCACAUGCUCGCGCUGUAAUAAGGAUAUUCUGUUCCCCAGUACUGCAUCAGUGUCGGAAGAAGACCAAACCGAUCUACUAGCCACCGUACGGAUGGAGCACAGUGAUUGGCACUUUGCCCAAGACCUUGCAAAAGACCCUGGUAACCAAUUACAUGCGCCUUUGAAGGAGCCGGCCAACAAGAAGACACGACGGAAAGAAUCACCUAAAGGCAUAGAGAAGUUCUUCACCCGAAAAUGAAUCUAUCGUUGGAAGGGGGACUUGCUGAUGGUCGUGAAGACCGAAUAUAUCGAAGAUCCAUGUAACUAUCAGCACAUCAAGAUCAGAAAGGGUAUCAUAGGCUUCGUAUUCAGGUUCCUAUAUUUGAUACAAUUGCUUAUUACUCGAUAGUUAAGGUAGAGAAAUCCAGAAAUAUGCAGAACAGAU